AUGCUUUCACUUUACAAACCAGUUAUUCCCAGACUCGGAUUGUCUGGCCUCGCAACCGUUGGUCUACGUUAUAAGACCACCAAACCUUUGAGAAUCAGAACUGAGCUUCUUGACAAUGAUGAUAAGCGCAAGCACGACGACAAUAAGUUCAUUUCUCAUCCCAUGUUCCCUCAUCCUGAAUGGACCAAUGAGGAGGUGGAACAGGUGGGCCCAGUCCACCGUACUCCACAAAACACGAUGGAUCGUGUUGCCCAUCGUGCAAUCACGCUGGUUCGUACGCUUUUUGACAUUGCAACCGGCUACAAGCAUCCCAAGACGCCUGAAGAAAUAGAACAUCGCUUUGAAGGUACCAGAUGGGAGAUGAAUGAGAACAAAUGGCUUACGAGAAUUAUCUUCUUGGAAUCCGUGGCUGGUGUGCCAGGUAUGACUGCUGCUUUCCUUCGUCACUUGCAUUCGAUCCGUUUACUUAAGAGAGAUAAGGCGUGGAUCGAGACUUUGUUGGAUGAAGCCUACAACGAAAGAAUGCAUCUUCUUACAUUUAUCAAGAUCGGUAAACCUUCGUGGUUCACUCGUUUCUUUAUCUUCAUGGGCCAGGGUGUCUUCUGCAACAUGUUCUUCUUCAUGUACUUGUUAUACCCUCGCUACUGUCAUCGUUUUGUUGGAUACUUGGAAGAAGAAGCCGUCAGCACUUAUACUCACCUCAUUCACGACUUGAAGGCUGGAAAGUUGCCUAAACUUGACAAUGUGGAGGUUCCAGACGUUGCUCAACAAUAUUGGACAGAACUCAAUGAGAAGUCUACAUUCUUGGAUUUGGUUGAAAGAGUAAGAGCUGAUGAGUCCAAGCAUAGAGAGGUCAACCACACAUUGGCUAAUAUCGAUCAAAAGAACGACAGGAAUCCAUAUGUUGUCAAGGUUGAAGGUACUGAUAAGCCUCAGCCAAACAACGGUCUCAAGUCUAAGCACCCAGAAGGUUGGGAUAAAAAAGACUUGAUUCUCUAA